GGUUCGCCCCGUUGCUAUGCUAUCCUGUGUAGACAUUCUCCAGGGUGAUGGAGAAGAAAAUGUAGUAACUCGGUCAGGAAAAAAAGGAAGAAAAUACGCCGCGCUGUUCCGUUUUUGCGUUAACCGAGACAACCGUUACAAUGGCCGGUAUGAGGAGAGUUAAUGGGAAAUUCUCCGGAAUAAACCCCGCCGUCAGUUGCUGUCGCCUGCGUCAGGUCCAGGCUCUGCUUUUUGAAGGAGGCACCGCCACUCCUGACGGCAUCCUGUGCUCUCUGGGAAUCGACAGCAGAUAUAAUGAAGGAUGCAGUGAACUGGCCAAAUACUUGUUCUACGGACUGUAUGGACGAAAUCCGGUGAAUCUGGAACAUGUCAUUGAGGAAUUUCCUGAAGAAAUGCUGGAUGAUGUGAUCCUGCUGAUUAAGGCCGAGUGCGUUCAUCUCUACUGCAACCCGCUGAACUACGCUUACCUGUUGCCUUAUGUGUCUCACUGGAGGAACCUGCAUCUCUACUGCAUGACAAAGGCAGAGUAUGAAGAUGAAGAGGCAGCCGAGGAGUUCAAGAUCUCCAGUUUUGUUACGAUGGUGCAGGAUUGCUAUCGGAUCGGAGUUCCUUACAGCGCCCAAGGACACAUCCGGAGGUUUGAUAUGUUUAUGGUGGAAAAGUGGCCCCUAAUUCAAGCGUUUGCCCUGGAAGGCAUUGGAGGAGGAAGCUUUUUUACCUUAAAAUACGAGCUCAUGGACAUGAGUGAGAAGCUGUGGCAGGUUUACAACAGACUGGACCCAGUGUCCCUGGAUAACCUGCUCACAGAGGACCUGGUGAGCUUUGAGAAGCAGUGGAGCAGCUUCUUCUCCAGCAUGGACCUGGAGAGCCAUCUGUCCAUCUUGGAGCUUUCUGAAGCUCAGGCAGGAGAGGCGUUCCGUACGUAUUACUCUCAUGGGCUGAUCUCAAGCAACAUCACAGAUAAAAGUAAAAGUCAGCAGCCCUUGGUGCUGUUUGGGAAACAUUCCUCCCUAAAGGAUCUGGAGAGCUAUUCAUUCAACUUUCCUUCAGAGAGUCAUCAGGUCCGCAACACGGGGCCUCAGGCUUCUACAGCCAGACAUAUGAUUCUGCAGUGUGUGGCUCCCAAAGGACCUCUUGCCUGCUCUCGAACCUAUUUCUUCGGAACAACCCACACUCCGUAUCUUGGGAAUCAAAACACAGAGCAAAAAGAAACAGAAGUUUUACUUUUGUCCCAGAUUUAUUCAGCUGCAGUUCAAGCCGUCCUGUCAGGAAUCAAAUGCUACUCCUGCACCACCAGCGCUACCAAGGCUAAGGAUGUAGCUGAGAACACUUUUCUGAUGGCGUUGGGCUCUUUGAAUUUAAGCCAGUACCGCAGCUCUCUCAGAUCCAAAUGUGAAUUCAGCAUUCAGGCAGUAAAUAAGCAAGGAAUAGUCAUUCCUCUGACUGAUGAAGACAGCCGCUAUGCAGUAAAAACAGCCUCCCUGAUCGUCCAUGACAUCCCAGACCUGCAGUGGGACAGAGGGAAUCUGGGCUCUGUGGUCUUCUCUGAAUCCUUCUUGGAGUCCAGCAUCAACAUUCAACAGAGAGAUGGCACUGUGUCCUCAGACAGCUGCUACACCAUCCUCACUACUACCGUGCCUCGCUACGCCUGCUGGCUGAUGGAAGCUGAUGUCAAGCAGUCAGAACAAGCCCAAAACCUCACUAAGAAAGAGGAUGGCACUUGUUUGGGAAGUGUUCUGACUUCAGCAGAUGCCGCUUAUGUGUUCUCCAGCAGCCAGCUGUCCACACCUGAAGAAGGAAAGAUCAUUUUCUUCUCUGAUGGACUCCUGUUUGUCCAUUCUCAAUAUGGGAGCAUUACUCUGUCCAAGGACCACAUCAGCAGCAUCAAGUUCUAUAAUCCGGACUCCAGCGCCGUGGCGUCUCUCUUUGUCGAGUACGAGUCCAGCCUGCUCCCACAUCUCCCGUUCCCUCUCCACAGCCCGGAUCAGUGUCUGGUCUUUGCUCUUCAGCCCAGGUCCAAGAGCCACAAGGCCUUCUAUUCCAAGGUGUUGUCAGUGUGGAAAAACUCUGAAUCUGGACUCACUCUGCAACUGCUGGACCAAGAGCUCUUGACCUGGAAUCAGAAAAACAUGCACAAAAGACUGCAGAAGCUACACGACAGUCAGGAGCCACCAGUAGCCAAACGCAGAGGCAGUUUAAAGACUUCAUACUCGCAGCUGCCAGAACAGGAAAUGUUUCUUCAGCAUUUCGCUCUCAGUAGCAUUGGCCAGGAGCCCAUUCUGUACGACCACCUGGGGGUGCUCUUCCCCUCCGCAGAGCUCAGAAACCCAGCCGCUGGCCAGGGAGACAAGGUUGUCAUCACCAUCAUAACUGGACUGCCAGGAAGCUAUAAGAAAAGACUCUGCAAGGUCCUAGUCAACCUGAACAAAGAAUGCGGAAGGUGGGUGGUCUAUGGGCCUGAUCCCGACAGAUUCUCAGCCUCUCACCUCCAGCAGUAUUUAUCCAGUUUCCUGGAGAGCCAGAGAGGCACAAGAGGCAAACCCCGUCUGUUGGUGCUCUCUCCUGGGUACACAGAUGUUCUGGAUAUUGUGCAGGCCGUGCUCUUCCAUCCUGACCCAGUUGUUCAGGCGUGUUUCACCAUCGGCGCUGUCACCGCCUGUGUGAACCCCCUCGCCUCCUGCAUGGAGCACAGGUUUGCUUUUCCUAAGCUGUUGGAGCAGUGCAGCCAAGGUAUUGUGAGUACGGUGGUGUUCACCGGGCUGACAGCAGAGGAGAAGCACCCUCUCAUGCAGCAUGUUCAGCAGUUGGUACGCUCUGCCAACCCCACCGCUGCCUUCAUACUGGCAGAGAGAGGAGCUGUCACCAGGAACGAAGACGUGAUGCUGAUAUUGUCUGAGAGCAGCUUCAGUGAGCCGCAGAUGCUGAGAGCCCGUUAUGUCCUCUACCCUGGAUGGUGCAAAGGCCGUUUCUUCUCUGGUUCCGGGACUCUGGUCCUCACCCAGCAGCGCGUGGCUUUCAGCCGGCCGCUGGAGAGGCCUCUAUUUGUCACCCGCUGUAAAGCGAUCAAGUCGUCACUGAGACCAAGCCCCUUCCAAGGAAAUGUGUACAAUAUUUGGGGAAAAGUCCAAUUCUCUGACUCGGAGCGGCUGAUGGAGGUGAGCUACAACGCGGCGAGCGGGAGCCUGAGCGUCGUCCCGGACCAGGCCGCCGACCCUCCGACCCCGGGCCCUAAAGACACCGACACGUCCUCUUUCCUCGUCUUUGAUGGCGUCGGCCUCGCUGAGGAUGGACUCAAGGACUGGCUACGGCUGUGCGCCAAGCAGAGGCAGACGAAGAAAGCUAAGAGAACUAAAAAUACUCUUACACCACAAGAAAUCAAGAGCAUACAUGCGAGCAGACACUUGGAGCCGCUACCACCAGGCUACUUCUACAACGGUUAUCAGUAUGUCGACGUCUUUGGAGAGAAAAGAAGCUUCCAUCCCAACAUGGACGAGUUCAUCAAAGAGUACGUCUCCGAGGCCAACAAGCAGAUCGAGCAUUUCAACCGUCAGCUGGAGUUGCAUGGGCAGCCUGACCUGUUUGAUCCGUGAUAGAGUCCCUGUAUGUUCGCCCCAUCUGUCUUAUUUUAUUCUUAAGGGGAACCACUGUGGGAGGGGCAGGGAGGGCACGGGGUUAUGUACCGAACACUCCACUCGAAUGGUCAAUGUGUGUUCACACCACAUGCAUCUUCAGCUGCUACGAGUCCAUUCCAUGAAGCUAUUUCCCGUGUCACUUUGUUUCACAGUUUGGUGGCAGGUGAGCUUUUGACCGGUUAUGUCACGGCGUUUCUGCCCGCCUCACUUCUUACCACAACACUAACUGUACAGUUGGCGCUUUGGCCAGUCGCAUGUCAUCGCCGUCAAAUCAAAAGCGGCAAAUCGAUGCGGUCACUUGUGUUAAUUCACAUGAAGUCGUGUUUGUCAAAUAGAUGAGAUUUGCUCACAGCCACGGACGAAUGUGAAACACAGCGCAGCACGAGAGUCUGCGUUUAAACCAACGUGAUUACUGAGACCGCAAGCUGUGAGACUUUCACAAUUGAGGGGAAUUUCCGACCGCUCACCCCUAGAGCAUGUGCGUUUCUGUUUAUCACAGUUGGCAAAUUAAUGCCUCUAUUUCUGGGCAGGCAUGGAGAGCCGUGUGAUUCUGAUGGACUCCCUGGUGGGGUUUCUCAAGAAUCGCUCCUCCUCUGUUGUCACCCAAUCCGUGGCCCACCUGUUAGCUUGUCUGCGAGCCACGCUGCAGCAGAGGGAGCGCUUGGCCGUAGAGCCGUAAACGGCAAACAGGCUGCUGGCCGCGGACAACUGAUGAAUGAUGCCAUUAAUCACAUAGCUAUACGCCGUCCCAGUGCUUUAUUUUAAGACUCCUGGAGUGAAUCUAAAUGAAAGUGCAACAAUACACACUUCAGGCCCUUGCAGCAAAAGUGUUGCAGUUGUAAAACAGCCGAGGCGCCGUCAAACACGUCGAGCCACUGAGGUCACUGUGUUCUGUUUAUUACAAUGCUGCUAGUUAACGAUGAGACAAAAUACAGACACAGGAACCCACUGCAGCCAGGUGUGGAACACUCAUUGCACCAUUGUUUCCAAGUGUGAACAUUCCCAAAUACCUAGUCCUGUGUGUCGUUACAUUUGGGCAGGAGAGGGGCAAAGUAAUAAAUGAACCAAUCAGUUUAUGCUUUAGUUUGUUUUGGGUAAACAUGAGUAGAGCCAUUAGUAAAAGGUAUGAGGCUUUGUGUCAGUGGAGUGAUGUUGCAGAGAAUCAGACUCGGUGUCCUUUAUAAACGACUAGUUAGGCUACUGUUUGCUCUGCGAUCGUGUGUCACACUAAUGUUCUAUGCAUGUCUUCCUCUCAUCAGGGUUCCUACACUGGUUUUUGAAAUUCUGUAGGAAAAUGUGUUCGAAAUGAGCAGUCAGCGGUUUCUCCAGCAAGCCUGUGCUUUUGUUAGAAAUUGUCACAUAUUAGAAAAUGAAAAAUAACUGAGGAAAAUGUGUAGGAACCCUGCUACAGUAUGUUGGAGAUUUGGUGGCUUUCAUUCAUUAUGGGGUUAGCAAUGCACCAAGCAGACUAGACAGCGAGUAAAACGAUGCCGAUAAAGGAGCAUUUAAACGCACAUAGCAGUGUGCGCAUACUGCUGCUGUAUUUGUAUGAUAUAUUGCAUUGACCGUACCAAAAAGUUGCCUGUACUCUGCAACGAGUACUCUGAGAUUUUUAGCGGCGUCAGAUAAGAGAGGAAGGCUGUUUCUGAUGGAAAUAUCUAUUUUUCCAGCAAGGAGGGGCUCGCCAGUGAGACGAGCGCUCACUGAUGUAACAUCUGAAAAGAUAUUUGUCAACUCUAGCGGCGUCAUUCUCGGCAUGACUGUCGAGCAAAAGCCGAAAGCAUCAGUCGUUUUGUAAAUUCCAGCGACGCGAUUACACGAUUAGCAAGCCCCUCUCUCCUCAGAUAACCUCUCUGUCUGUGCAGAUUUAAAUAAUCUUAAGCCUGACACUGCUGGCCCCAUCCGUCCUCUCAGUAGAAUCCACUUUGAUCUGAACAAGCCAUACCGUCUUAUGCUAGAUGUGCUGCUGUCCUUUCUACCAAUCGUACGUAGUAUAAAAUAGCACAUAACAUAGCAACGCCUCUAACAUGUAUUACCCUGGCAUGUUCCAGAUAGCCAGCAAAAGAGGGGCUCUUGCAGCUCUUCUCUUUUACUCUAUCAAAGAAGUGCAAUUGUUUCUCGUUUUUUUAUAUAUAUAUAUAUACUCCCCUUACAGCACCCUCGGAUAGCUCUUUAAGGACAACGCAGACGAAAAAAAAGAGCUGCCACAUUCUCCGUCCCUGGCAGCUUGUGUUCUGUGGUCGGCCGGAUUCCUGCUUUAAGUGCUUGUAGCUCACAAAACGAGUCGAGGGUUUGGUGCAAAAUUAAAUGCCCCCGCUCGCACACGAAAAAAAAAAAGACUGAUGUAACAAAACGCAAACAGAUUACGGUGCUUGUUUUUAAUGGAGCGGGAUAAUAUAUGACUUAAAUCCCGCGAUGACAAAACAAUAACCUUUUGUGUAAGCUGGAUCCUGCUUUUAGCGUUUCAGGGAUGCAGCCUCUAAGCCGUCUGUUUGGAGCAACAGUUGCCGUCGUUCUGGAGUUACGUAAUACCGCAGAGACUCACCUUGAUUGACAGCGAAAAUAGUUGUGAGGCUGAAGGUGCCACAACUUUGAAACCUGCCGCACGUCACAGAGCACAAAAACACAGAAAUCCUAAUUGGAAACUGAUCAAAAACUCGUCCUUAAAGAGCUGAGGGUUGUGUAAGAUGUUUGUGAUAUUUAAAUGAAAUUAACACUAACAGAUAUACACACACACAUAUAUAUACACGGCUUCUACUACAAGUAUGUCCACACUAUCCUGCAUGUGUCGAGAUGUCUUGUGAAUACGAUACCACGUAUAUUCUGACAAAAACAGCCUUUCACCAGACUGGUACAGAAAAUAAAGAGAGAAAAUAAUCACAUUUAUUUUAACAUAUCUGCUAAAAAAAUUUUUUGAAUUACCUCAAAAUAUUUUUGUAAGACUGUGAAUUGAAGAUUCUAGAUGCAAACAACAAAAAAAAGUUUCCUUUUCGCACAAGCUUCAAACGGCAAAAAGCAGAUGCAAUUUUUGUUUUUGUAGAAAAAGGAAAAAAAUACUUUGAAAAUCUGAUCAGACGUCAGGUUUCUCUGAUCCAGCAGUGCCUUGGCCACAGCUAAGAAAAGCAGAGAUUAAAGCUGCGUUCAGAGCUCCAUCCUUCUCCCCGUCUGAGGGGGAGGAGGAGGAGGUGUUGUCAGGCAAGGAUCCGUCCUUCAACAGUGUUGGUGAAAGGAAUCCAUGGAGUCGUUUUUUGUUUUUUUAAAGCAAUGUGUUUUUACUAGAGCCAGAGGGUAAAGUAGGCGAGGUCACACGGGAAUGCCGCUGGCGGGCUCAGGAUAAUUCAGGUGUUCUUACAAACUAACCAAAAAAAGAUGGCGGAAAAGGGGCUGGGUGGCAUCGCAAGACCAGUUCUGGAGCUUCAAAUUAAUUUAACGGUACAUUUGUCAGUGGUUUACUUUGCACGGGAGCUGGUUCAGUUGAUUCUUUGAAGGAAAGAAAGCUGAUUUUUUUUUUUUUUUUUUUUGUCAAAAUGUUCAUCUGCUGUUUUUCUGGUUUCUACCCAGCCCAAGCAAGGAUAUAGAACCUCGAAGUUGAUAUGGAAGGAUUGAGUUUGUGACUAAAGUUGGGUGGUUCCUACUUAUUGCACAUGGGACCCCCACGGAGCCCUCCACAGGCUUCCCAGCGUGACGGCUACAAAGCUCUCUGGCAGACUGAGCACUCUGGUGUCUUCAUCCUGUACGUGGAUGCUAGCCAUUCUGUAGCUGAAGUUAUAGGACAAAAACAAAGUUUGGUGUCAAUUGGUUUUUACGUAAAAGAAAGGGAACCGUGAUGCGAGAGGUUUUUUGUUCUGAAGUUCGGCUCUGACGUUUCAAAAAGGGGCCAACGAUGUGGAAUGUAUGCACUUCCUGGAUAUUUUUAUGGUGGUUUUUUUUCGCUCAUUUGGGGGAUAAAGGCAAGCUCGAGAAAUGGAUUUUUAACUGACCAAAUAUUCCUCAGGCCUCAGGGGACUGUUGAUGCUAAUUGUUUGGGUUGUUCCGUCCAAUCAAGGUUAAAAAGGGAACCAUAGCCGCUUCACCCCCGCAGUCCUCCAGAAGAAUCCGCUCAGGUGUAUUUAUUACUUCCGUUACCUGAGAUUACACAUUUGCCCUAUCAAACUCGCGUCUUACAGAAGAAGAUGGAGGUGAAAUUGUGGUUAAUAUCUUCUGUCUGUAGACACAAACCGACCGGCCGCGUACAAAAAAAAGGCUGCUGUAAUUCACGUCAAGGAAGAGUUGCGAUUCAAGUUGUCAGGCGUUUGAUGUCACGAUGGCAGAAUUAGAUCUGUGGAAAAAGCGAAGGGCUCAUUUCUUCCCCCAUCUGCAGGCCGUCCAAAGGAAAAAGGAAAAAAAAACUUCUUAUGGUCUCUAUUGUGAUGAGAAGCAAAAGGAAAAAAAAGGUAACUUCAAAAGUGCCAAACUGACUUCCACAUUUUGAGGAUGUUCACGGAAAGUGAGCAAAAACCGAAUUGCAUUUGCACAAAACUACUUUAACUUCUGUUUUUUUCCUGUGACUGAUGCUUUUCUAAACUAAUUGUUGUAUUUAUUGCACCACGUAAUACAUUAAAUAUUUAUAUGGUUGAUCAGA